CAUUCCUUUAAAAUAAGAAUUUCGAGACUUCCCGUGCAAAGUUGCUGGGAAACACGCUGUUCGGGAAUGAGGACGUCCUGGGGCACACUCCAAUAUACAGAGAUUAAAGAGUUCCCGGCAGUUUGGUUUUUAAAUUGCCCUGCAAACGUGAAAUCCUUGCUGAUCUGGCAGCUACUCCGCUAUGGUGGUGAGAGACAUACCACCAGCCUGGCGAGAGGGAGGCGCCGGGCGGAAGAAUGGCAGGCGUGGCCAACCCGGAGGCGGCUGGAGGCCGCGCCCCCUUCCCAGAGUGCCCCGCAGCCGCUCCCCGCGAGAUCUCUUUUCUAGCCAGCCCUGGCCCGGCUCAGAAGGUGCUCCCACCAUGGAUGGGCUUCGGGCUAGCGCAGGGCUGUUGAGGCGCGGGCGGUUGAGACGCCGGCGCCAGCCGCAGCCACACAGCGGGUCGGUCCUGGCCCUGCCCUUAAGGCCCAGGAAGAUCCGAAGGCAGCUGAGGAGAAGCGUGGCGUCCCGCAUGGCCGCACUGAGGGCCCAGACACUGCCGAGCGAGGACUCGGAGGACUCGAGGGUGGAGUCGACGGUCGACGAUCCUGGAGACCCGCUGGCUGGUGGGGCAGCGACCAUCCCGGAUGCGGCCCGGCGAGAGCCGUACGGUCACCUGGGGCCUGCAGAGCUGCUGGAGGCCUCGCCCGCGUCCCGCUCCCUGCAGACCCCCCGCGCGCUGGUGGAGGCGCAGACCCCGCCGGCCCGCCUGGUGGAGGCGCAGACCCCGCCGGCCCGCCUGGUGGAGGCGCCCGCCCUGCCCGCGCGCCUAGUGCCGGCUCCCGCGCCUCCCGCGCGCCUGGUGGAGGUGCCCGCUGCGCCGGCGCGCGUGGUGGAGACCUCGGCGCUGCUGUGCCCUGCCCAGCACUUGGCGGCCGCCCCGCCAUCCGUGGCCCCCGCAACGCUGUCGGGGCCGCAGGUGGAUAGCACCGGCGGGGAGUUGGCCUGGGACUCGCCGCUGCAGCGCGUCCUGGCGGAGCUGAACCGCAUCCCCAGCAGCCGGCGGCGGGCCGCGCGCCUCUUUGAGUGGCUCAUCUCGCCCAUGCCGCCCGACCAUUUCUACCGGCGUCUGUGGGAGCGGGAGGCGGUGCUGGUGCGGCGGCAGGACCACGCCUACUAUCAGGGGCUUUUCUCCACCGCAGACUUGGACUCCAUGCUGCGCCACGAGGAGGUGCAGUUCGGGCAGCACCUGGAUGCUGCUCGGUACGUCAACGGGCGGCGCGAGACCCUGAACCCCCCCGGCCGCGCGCUGCCUGCCGCCGCCUGGGCCCUGUACCAGGCCGGCUGCUCCCUGCGCCUCCUCUGUCCGCAGGCUUUCUCGACCACAGUGUGGCAGUUUUUGGCCGUGCUCCAAGAGCAGUUUGGCAGCAUGGCUGGCUCCAACGUUUACCUCACGCCCCCCAAUUCGCAGGGCUUUGCCCCCCACUACGACGACAUCGAGGCUUUUGUGCUGCAGCUGGAAGGUAGGAAACUCUGGCGUGUGUACCGACCCCGGGUCCCGACCGAGGAGCUGGCCCUGACAUCCAGUCCCAACUUCAGCCAGGACGACCUCGGUGAGCCGGUGCUGCAGACUGUGCUGGAACCUGGAGAUUUGCUCUACUUUCCUCGGGGCUUCAUUCACCAAGCCGAAUGCCAAGAUGGAGUGCACUCUCUGCACCUCACCUUGUCCACGUACCAGCGCAAUACCUGGGGCGACUUCCUGGAGGCCGUCCUGCCCCUGGCAGUGCAGGCUGCCAUGGAAGAAAAUGUGGAGUUCCGAAGGGGUCUUCCCCGAGAUUUCAUGGAUUACAUGGGGGCCCAGCACUCAGAUUCCAAGGAUCCACGAAGAACCGCUUUUAUGGAGAAGGUGCGAGUCUUGGUUGCCCGCUUGGGACACUUUGCCCCUGUCGAUGCUGUGGCUGACCAGCGAGCCAAAGACUUCAUCCACGACUCUCUGCCCCCUGUGCUGACUGAUAGAGAGAGGGCACUAAGUGUUUAUGGGCUCCCAAUUCGCUGGGAGGCUGGAGAACCUGUUAACGUGGGGGCCCAGUUGACAACAGAAACAGAAGUGCACAUGCUUCAGGAUGGGAUAGCUCGGCUGGUGGGUGAGGGAGGCCAUUUGUUUCUCUAUUAUACAGUGGAGAACUCCCGUGUUUAUCAUCUGGAAGAGCCUAAGUGCUUGGAGAUAUACCCACAGCAAGCUGAUGCCAUGGAACUUUUGCUCCGCUCCUACCCAGAGUUUGUGAGAGUAGGGGACCUGCCCUGUGACACGGUGGAGGACCAGCUUUCCUUAGCGACCAUGUUAUAUGACAAGGGGCUGCUGCUCACCAAGAUGCCUCUAACCUGAACUAGUUUCUUCUUGAUUGUUGGAAGCAAGACAGUGGUGAUUCUCUCUUAGCCACCAUUACCAUCUUUUUGGCAGGGGGGUGGGGUAGGAGGGACUCAUGUUCUUACCUUGAUAACCAUUUACCUUUAUGACUGCUCACAUUUACCUUUAUGACUGCUUUAAUGUCACAAAUUUCAGAUGGUUUUCCAGGAAUCACCACUUCAUCUAGGCACAAAAGUAAAAGCAGAAGUUGGAGGUGGAAAAAAGGAGCAAUUUUUGCAGAAGUAACUUUGAUCCCUGAUCAUUUCAGAGCACCAGCUUCAUCACCCUCAGGCUUCAGCGUACUGUGUAGCACUUGCUGUGUCAUUCUGCUUGAGACAUUAGAAGUUUUUAUUUGGAAUUUGCAUCCUUCAUUUGAGUUCUCUUCAGUUUGGGGGGAGGGUUGGGGUCAGUAUCUUGUUUGCUACUGUGAGUUUGUAUGAAUGUUAGAAAAGUUAGUAAUUAAAGUGCCAAAGAAUGUUUCUCUUUUUAAAGGCUAGAUUAUUAUGAAGGAAUUGGGUUGGGGGGUGGGAGAUAGGAAAAAUCUAUAAUGACUGAUGUGAAAGGUAACUUGGGGUGGUUGUAGGAUUGAGGCCAAUUCUAUAACUUUGGGGGUAAUUUAUUCAUUUUAAUCAUGCUACUUGAACCCCAAACAGCACAAUCCUAUUGGAAAAGUUAAGAGUGCAUUAUGUUUUUGCUCCGUGCUUGCUUGCAUCAGUGGCUGGCAUUGCUCCCCAAGGGAUAGCAUGUCACCUAGUUGUGCUAUCAUAGACCUCAGUCAACCAACUUAUAGCAAGCUGGCCAUGAAGGGAGGCUGGUGUUCAAGUUACUUUCCACUCUCAUUUUUUUCUGGCAGUUGGAAGAAUCUUCCCCAAACCUGGAAAGUGAAUAUUUUCAUGGUUGGUGGAAAAGAGCCUGGUGUACCAGAGAGAGCACUGGACUUGGAACCAGAAGACCUGGGUUUGGGGUGGUGGCUGGUAGGCAGCUGGCUGAAUGAUCUGAGGCUGCCGCUACACCUGGGCACACAGAUUUUAAUGGUGAGUGUAGUAUGCACAACAAGGGAAGCUCAGGUAAUGCACUCUUCAGGUUAAUCAGGUAAGAUGGCAACAUGUUUCUUUGACUCACCAUCUUAUCACGGAUCUGCAGGGCACCUGCUGCCAAACAGGCUGCCCACCGAACUACCAUGAAGUCAUCAGAGAAGCAAUUCAGGAAACUUGGGAGAAGCUUGGCGGUCAUGAGCUUGAGCCCACCAAUAAGGGAGAGAGCUUCCACACGCUCCUGGAUAUUUCCUUGACUCAGCUUGACUCUAUAAAGCAUAAGUGCUUUUAUUUUCUCUCCUUAAACUUUUGGCAUCCCCACCACCAAUGCCCUCAAGAUAAAAUCCAACCUCUGUAGGGUCUCCAUUAUCCAUUCCCACCCUUUCCUAGUCAGCCUUAUGCCUGUGAGGUUGAAGUUUCACUGGGUAGAGACCUCCAUUAUUUACUUGGACCCCUAUUACUAGCAUAUGCUAGGCACUAAACUAUGUUGAAUGACAGAAUAAAGGAAACUUUCAUGUA